AUGACUGAAGAUAAUAAAAAACAAUUAGAAACAAUUGAUAAAUUAAAUGAAACAAAUCGUAAAUUUACGACAAGUACAACUGUAAAUAUCUUAAAUGAUCUACAUCUAAUGAAUAUACGUGAACAACACGAAUGGCAACGUUAUGAAUUAUUUCGAAAAUACGAAAAAACAAUGCCAAAUAAAACAAAAUCUCCCUUAAUAGCUCAAUCACAUAGUUCAUCUUCAUCAUCAAUCGAACCAAUCAAUACACCAUUGAUGAUCAAUAACAUUCAUGAUCAACAGCUAACUCCACCUGAAGAUAGUCUAUCGAAUGAUAUUAGAGAAGAUCUCCGAUCACUUAUUGAACAACGUGUACCUGACUUAUGUAUUCUUGAUGGUGAACCUAUGCAAUAUAACAAUGGUACGAAAUUUUAUUGUACUAUAAAUGAUAUAUUAACUAGUGAUGGCGAAUUUUGGGUUGAACGAGAAUUUUCUGCUGAAAACGAACGCAAAUUUUAUCAAUUUAUUGAUAUACUUUCAUUAUUUGCUACUAGUUAUGAAUCAUUAAAAGAAGUUUAUGUUGGUCAAUUAGUGGCAUUACAUUAUGAAGCAUCUUGGCAUCGAGCAUUAGUAGCAUCGAAAAGCGAAGGACCAACAGUCGCUAAACAACCGAAUGCACGUGUUCGACUUGUUGAUUAUGGUUCAUCCUUAUAUGUUAAUGUUUCACAACUUAAAUGGUUACCUGAACAAUUUUAUUUAUUUCCUUUUAAAGCAGUUGAAUGUUUAUUUAGUGAAGCUGUAAAACCAACGUUUUCCGAUACCGUUCGGCUCACAUUUAAACAACUUGUAUUAAAUAAACGGUUACGUGCAACGGUCUAUGACAGAGAUAAUAAUCAUAUUUGUGUCUUAUUAAAAUGUAAAACUGAUGAAGGCAUGGUUAAUGUUUAUCGAUAUUUACGUGCACAUGAGCAUAAAUCAAAAAAUGGUCGAAUGCUAGAUGAUGGUGCUAUAGUACAAUGUUUACAUAAUACUAUUUUUAAUACUAGCAAUUCUAGUUAUCAAUCGUCAAUAUGCAACAAAUCAAUGAAUACAUCAAUUAGUUUAACAUUACCUAUUCUAUCACCGCCAUCACCAAUUAAAUUAACACGUGAUCAAAUUGAAAUGAGACGAAGAGAAAUAAAAAGAAUCUUUAAAGAACCUUUGGAUGAAAAUAAUAAUACGAUGCUUUCCAGUGAAAGUAAUGGUAAUUUAUCUAUGUAA